AAUCGCUGUAACAUUCUGGCCUUUUGUGGCUUUUGGUGGAAUUUAAAGGGAGAUUGUCUCUGUAGAUUAAGAUUAUGUACCAUGCACGCCCUUUUUUGUGAAAAUUCAUGAUUCUUGUGUGUUGUCUAGAUGAGUCUGAAGAAGAGGCCCCACCACCCAAGAAAGGAGCUAAACCUGCUGCCAAGGCCCCAGUGAAGGCUAAACCUGCAGAGUCCUCUGAUGAAGAUGAGUCCGAAGAAGAGGCCCCACCUCCCAAGAAGGCCGCACCAGCCAAAAAAGCUGGAAAGGCUGCCAAGGAGGAGUCUGAAGACGACGAUGAAGAAGAUGAGUCUGAGGAAGAGAUGGACACCACUCCCGCUCCAGCAAAGGCAAAGAAAGCAGGUAUGGUCAAGGCCAAGGAAGACUCUGAGGAGGAAGAUGAUGACGAGGAAGACGACGACGACGAUGACGACGAUGAUGAUGAGGAAGAUGAUGAUGCCCUAGCGACGCCUGCCAAGAGGAAGGCAGAGGGCAAGAAGGACACACCUGCUGCCAAGAAAGCAAAGGCAGAGGGCGAAGGGUUCUCUCUGUUUGUUGGAAACUUGAACUCCAACAAAGACUUUGAUGAAAUCAAAGAAGCCCUGAGGAAAUUCUUCACCAAGAACAGCCUUGAGGUCGCUGAUGUCCGGUUGGGUGGAUCUAAGAAAUUUGGUUAUGUGGAAUUUUCAUGUGAGGAGGACAUUCAGAAGGCACUGGAGCUCAACGGCAAGAAGGUCAUGGGUCAGGAGUUGAAGUUGGAUCGGGCCCGAAGCAAGGACAGCUCACAGGAGGGCAAGAAAGAGAGGGAUGCACGGACACUGUUUGUGAAGAACCUUCCCUUCUCCGCUACUGUUGAGGACUUGAAGGAAGUCUUUGAAGAUGCCGUUGACGUCAGGUUACCUCCAGGCCAGAACGGUUCAAAUAGAGGCAUUGCCUACAUCGAGUUCAAAUCUGAGGCUGAAGCCGAGAAGAUGCUGGAGGAGGCUCAGGGAGCUGACGUACAGGGGAGGUCCAUCAUGGUCGACUAUGUUGGAGAUAAGAGCCAGAAAGGGGGAGCCGCGGGACCAGGUAAGCUCCUUAGACACCUUGUAAAGCUAUGUAUGAACAUAUCAUUGGGAUGAAUAAUUCCAUUUAGUAUACUACUUGUUACAGUCUAAGAAUAUUGUACCACACCCUC